AUGGAUCAUGGCAGCUGCUGUGUUGGUGGUGCCACUGCCACCGUUUCCCAUCUCCGGUGUGAGAUCAACUCUGUCAAGGUCACCGGCCUCAGCUGCCCCGGCGACGGCGUGCUCUUCCUCCGGUGCCACGUCCCCGCGAGCGGCGGGAGGACGAUCCAGAUCGACAGCCACGGGGCCGAGGCCGAGGCGUGCGUCAACGGCGACGGCGGGUCGUCAGUCGUCGCGGCCUCGUGGCGCGACGUGGCGUCGCUGAAGUGCGACGGCUCGGCGGCGAGCGUGCGGGAGCUCGUGGACCGGAGGAGCCUGGUGUUCGAGGUACGGAGGAGGAGGAGGAGGCCGCUGCGGCGGAUCAGGGCUAUCCUGGGGCCGGCGGUGGGGUCGUCCGAGCUGCUGGGCCGCGCGGAGGUUGCGUGGAGGGACAUCGUCGCCGCCGCCGCCGCAGCGGCCGACGACGACGACAACGCAGCAGCAGCGGUGGUCGAGCGGCGGCUCUCGCUUCCAGCCGCCGGCUUCGCGGUGCCGGCGGUGAUGUCAGUGAGGAUGAGCGUGCGCUUCACGGAGUCGCGCGAGACGGCGGCGCCAGUCGCCGGCCGGAGCGUGCAUCCAGCGUCGCGAAGGGGGAGUAUUAACGCCGGGUGCGAGUGGGACGCGGGCGGGGAGGACGACGUGUUCGCCGUGGCGGCUUGCGUCGCCGGCGAUGCGUUAACCGAGUAG